AUGCCCACAGACAAUGUCUAGUAGUAGAGUAUUCAAAACAAAACCAACGAAAACAAAAAACAGGGACGACUUCCUACAAGACGUGUAAUCGAUUCCUCUAAAUCCACGUUCUUUCCUAUCCCAUACUGAAUAUUAUUAACUCAGAUUCAAUCAAACUGUUUCCCAUGCCUCUAUCUCCAUUACAUAAACAUUCAAGAGCUGGAAACAAUUCUGUGACUUCUUUCUUUCUUUCUUGAUUGAUUGAUAGUUAUGGCUUCUUUGAGUUUGACCCACAUCAGAAGGAGGAAUUCUGUGACCGAGUUUACUCGGCCGAGUUUGAUAACACGACGUGGAAGGAGUAAAGUUGGGUUCUUGAGGAUGGUGGGUUCUCAGGGUCAGGGAGAGCCUGAUUUGAGCGUCACUGUAAAUGGGUUGCAAAUGCCUAACCCCUUUGUUAUUGGGUCGGGUCCACCUGGUACCAACUAUACUGUCAUGAAGAGGGCCUUUGAUGAAGGUUGGGGUGCUGUCAUUGCCAAAACUGUGUCACUAGAUGCAGCGAAAGUUGUAAAUGUAACUCCUCGGUAUGCUCAGCUACGAGCAGGUGCAAAUGGCUCAGCCAAGGGGCAAAUUAUUGGUUGGGAGAAUAUAGAACUCAUAAGUGACCGACCUCUUGAAACAAUGUUGAAAGAAUUUAAGCAAUUAAAAGAAGAAUAUCCUGAUAGGAUUCUCAUUGCUUCAAUCAUGGAGGAGUAUAACAAAGCUGCAUGGGAGGAACUUAUUGACCGAGUAGAGCAAACUGGAAUUGAUGCCUUAGAAAUCAAUUUCUCAUGUCCUCAUGGAAUGCCUGAGCGUAAAAUGGGCGCUGCAGUUGGCCAAGAUUGUGCGCUAUUGGAAGAGGUUUGUGGAUGGAUUAAUGCAAAAGCCACAGUCCCAGUAUGGGCAAAGAUGACUCCUAACAUCACUGACAUAAAACAGCCAGCUAGGGUGGCAUUACUAUCCGGAUGCGAGGGAGUGUCUGCUAUUAAUACCAUCAUGAGUGUUAUGGGAAUAAAUCUGAAAACCUUACGGCCAGAGCCUUGUGUUGAAGGAUAUUCAACUCCUGGGGGUUACUCUUCCAAAGCAGUCCAUCCUAUUGCACUAGAGAAAGUAAUGAGUAUUGCUAAAAUGAUGAAAUCAGAAUUUGAUUUGGCCCAAUACUCACUUUCUGGUAUUGGAGGUGUUGAGACUGGUGGUGAUGCUGCUGAGUUUAUUCUUCUCGGAGCAAAUACAGUUCAGGUCUGCACUGGGGUUAUGAUGCAUGGAUAUGGCCUUGUGAAGAAACUCUGUGAAGAGCUGAAGGAUUUCAUGAAAAUGCACAACUUCUCAUCAAUAGAAGAUUUCAGAGGUGCAUCUCUUGAAUAUUUCACAACGCACAUGGAUUUGGUGCGCCGGCAACAAGAAGCCAUGCAACAGAGGAAAGCUAUCAAGAAAGGUUUGCAGUCUGACAAGGAUUGGACUGGAGAUGGUUUUGUUAAGGAGGCUGAGAGCAUGGUUUCCAACUAAUU